AUGGACGAAACUUUGAAGCUAUUGAUUUUAUGUGCUGCAUGGGCAUGUUCUUUCUCUGCACUGAGAUGUGCCGAUCCUCCCGGUGCAACAAAUGAGGACCCCAUUAAAUUUGCUACUGAAGGUGCCACUAAAGACAGCUACAAGCAGUUCAUUGAAGCUCUUCGAGAACGUCUAACAGGUGAGCUGAUACAUGACAUACCCGUGCUUAGAGAUCCAGCAACAGUGGAAGAAAGAAAUCGAUAUGUCACAGUCGAACUCUCAAACUCGGCGACGGAAUCCAUCCAAAUAGGUAUCGAUCUGACUAACGCAUAUGUUGUAGCAUACCAAGCAGGAACUCGGGCCUAUUUCCUCCGUGAUGCCCCAGAAUCUGCAUCUACCAACCUUUUCCCUGACGUACCAGUGGAUAACCGGUACACACUGCCUUUUAACGGUUCUUAUGGUAAUCUAGAGAGUUGGUCUCAUCAAACUAGAGAGGAAGUAAAUCUGGGGUUAGAGGCCUUGAGACAUGCGAUAACGUAUCUACGAGGUGGUGCCGACGACAAUGAAGAAAAAGCUCGUCUUAUGAUCGUGAUAAUCCAAAUGGUUGCAGAAGCAGCUCGAUUUAAAUACAUUUCAAACCGGGUUGGUGUCAGCAUCCGAACUGGCACGGCGUUUCAACCUGAUCCUGGCAUGUUAAGUUUGGAGAACAACUGGGAUAAUCUGUCAGGAGCUGUUCAACAAGCAGAGCAAAAUGCUUUCCGAAAUAAUGUCGUGUUAACAAAUAUUAAUCACGAACCUGUCAUUGUAGAUUCCUUGUUACACCCAACUGUUGCAGCUCUAACAUUGAUGCUCUUUGUCUGCAAUCCAAAUGCAAACCGAUCACCUCGAUUACCAAGAUCAAUUGUGGAAAAAUCAGAGACCUGCGAUCCUUUUACCUGCGAUCCUUUUGAACCAACCGUCCACAUUGCUGGUCGAGAUGGGAUGUGUGUGGAUGUCUAUAAGAACGACUAUCACGAUGGCAAUCCUAUCAUAAUGUGGAAAUGCGCAGACCAAGAGAACCAACUCUGGACCUUGAAACAAGACAAGACGAUAAGGUCCAAGGGGAAGUGUUUAACCACAUACGGUUAUGCCCCAGGGCAUUACGUCAUGAUAUAUGAUUGUACUUCCGCAGUAGCAGAGGCCACUUACUGGGAGAUAUGGGACAAUGGAACUAUUAUCAAUCCAAGGUCUGGCUUGGCCUUGAGUGCCGAAUCCAGUGCCAUGGGAGAGACACUUACCCUGCAAACAAAUGAAUAUCAAAUGCGACAGGGCUGGCGCACAGGAACUCACACAGGCCCUUUUGUAACUUCAAUUGCUGGGUAUUUGGAUCUCUGCAUGGAAGCUCACGGAAGUAACGUGUGGCUGGCUGACUGUGAUAGCAACAAGAAGGAGCAGCAAUGGGCAAUUUACCCAGAUGGUUCUAUACGUCCAGUGCAAAAUACAAACAACUGUUUAACAUCUGAAGAACACAAACCAGGAGCUACCAUUGUCAUGAUGGCUUGUAGCAAUGCAUGGGCUAGCCAACGAUGGGUGUUUAAAAAUGAUGGCACCAUUUAUAGUUUAUCUGACGACAUGGUGAUGGAUGUGAAAGGCUCUGAUCCAAGUCUUAAACAGAUAAUACUUUGGUCAUGGACUGGUAACCCUAACCAAAUGUGGCUUACUUUGUUUUAA